GAUUGUUUGUGCGACCGAAUGGAGGUGCGAGUGCAGUGAGUGAGUGUAAUAAGCAGGGCGUGCAUAAAUGUAUAUAUGUAGAGUGAUUGUGCAUUUAAUCAAUAUUCAAUAAAAUACCGAAAAUCCGAUAACAGCAACAAUGUUAAAUACAUGAGGGUAAUAAAGAUAUUUGUAUAAACAACAAAAACUAAAUGAUCAGCAUAAAAUUAGUUGCAAAAUGAGAAUGAAAUCAAAAUUGGAAAACUAAUUUAAAAUCAUCCACCAAAAAUCUAGUCAAAAUGUGUUCAAUGAUUGUAACUGUAACAUUUGUGUGCACAUUAAUCAUCACUCCGGCAAUUGCAAAUGACAUUUGCACUGCCAACGCAUUGCCUCGGGUGCCGGCAAAUCAGCGAAAUUUACAUGAGACUUUUCAACGCACUUCGCUACUUUAUGGCUUAUCAACAAUCGGUAAUGAAUAUUUAAUUAAACAGGAAUGCCAGGAGCAACUGCAAUUAUUUCAGCUGGGUGUGCGGACGAAAAUGCCCUGGGCGGUGAAAAUGUUUGACGCCUCAGCUAGCCUUGAGCCCGGCUUUACUUUCGGUCAUAAUUUCUGGUUGGGCAACAGUGAAGUCUGCAGCGCCGUCAGCCGACAAACACACGUACAAAUUUCCACAUAUUUACGGCAUCAAAUGAAACCAGAACUUCUUACCGAAGUAGCACCUUUCAACGUCGAUUUUCGUGUCCUCUACCUGCGGCACAACUCCAGCUGGCAAGUCGAUGCAGCUGUAAUAGCGUUUGCGUCACGCCUACAUGUUGGCCUCUGUUUGCCUAGCGCUUGCACGGCUCAUGAAGUUCAACAACUCGUGCAAGCCUAUUUAUCUACAGACCUCAAUGCGGCCAAUGAGUUUUAUGAGAUGAAUUUGCAAUAUGAUUACGCCAAGGAUCUUAAACUGAAAUCAACGACGUUUCGUAGAACCUCAUUUUAUUUGACUUGCUUUUUUCUAGCUACAACAAUAGCUCUUACAGUGGCGGCGAGUUUGUUGAGAAAAUCUCAAGAUUUAUAUAAAGCAAACGCAAAUAUUAGAAAUUCUCGAAGCACAAAUGGCAAUGUUUUGGAAACGACCAACACAUCCGGCGCAACAAUAAAACCUCACAAAAGCGAGCUAGAUUUGAAUGUCACCAGCUUUAUCGCUUGCUUCGACUUUGAUGCCAAUUGGCUGCAUGUCUUCGCGCCAGCUAAGGUAGAGCACACUUUCGCCGCGUUGAAUGGCUUGCGUUUUGGCAGCGCCAUCUGCGUCACCGUCUAUCAUUAUUUAAUGUUUCUCUUCCAUGGCACCAGAAAUAAGGUGACGCUCUACAAUUAUCAGGCUUAUGUCGGAAAUGUCGAUAUAUUUGUGGAUAUAUUUUUCACAAUCAGUGGCUUUCUUCAAGCAUAUAAUCACUUUAGAAAUGUUAAGCUGCUGGCGGUUAUACGGCAAAAUAGCCUAAAACAAAACUUUAAAUUGAUGGGCCUGCAUUUAUUUCAUCGAUAUUUGAGACUAGCACCCUUAUAUUUUCUAACUAUCGGCUUAUCAGAUUUCGGCUCGAAAUUGCUUGAUGACAUAUCCGUAUUUCAUAUCGAGCAUAAAGUGUAUGAAAAUUGUGAAAAAUAUUGGUGGCGCAAUGUGCUCCUCAUACAGAAUUUCUUCGAUCACAAUGACAUGUGUGGCCUUUGGACUUGGUCGCUGGCGUGUGAUAUGCAGUUUUCCAUAUUAGCGACAGUGCUGCUUUUUCUAUAUGUGAAGCAUCCAAAACGCACAAAACUCUGCCUAGCCGCACUCACUGGCACAAGUAUUGCGUAUACCUACACUUUUGGGCUCAAAUUAAAUUUCGAUCAGACAAUCGAAGCGACUUUUACUUUCCUAACUGAAAUCUAUACACAUCCUUUUGCGCGUAUAUUGGCUUAUAUGUGCGGUGGUAUAGCUGGUUGGUACUUUGUCGUACAAAAACCCACUGAGUGGCACUUUACCAAGCAGAUACAACACUUUUUUGAUUAUUUAGUUGCGCUCAUUUUCUUCGGCUGCAUUUUCAUACCGACCAAUCACAACUUCUCCGUUUUCACUUCAACCACGAUUCUAUUGUUCGAGCGCAUCAUUUUCACCGUAACAAGCUGUAUUUUGAUUCUUUCGAAUGCGCAUGGUCGCAUGCGUUGGUUUUUCCGUUUUUUCGAAACGACUUUUUUUCAAAAAUUUAACAGAGUUGCUUACGCUAUGUUUUUGAUCAAUCCAAUAGUGGUGUUUGCACUACCUGGCUUUAGUCGAUCUAAUCUAUAUGCGAAUCCACUGUCGUUGUUUGCUGAAUUUAUCGGACUUCUGGUUAUUCUAGUUUUAUUAUCAACAUUACUUACCUUACUCUUUGAUAUACCAUAUCAAAAUUUAUCAAGACUGUUGAUUCAAUAUCAAAUGAGGAAAAAAGUGGAUUGAGAUUAAAUAAAUAUAGAAAUUUUAGUGAUAUAAAUGAUACUUUUGUUAAAAAAAAUAAAUUCCUACAAUUUUUUCUAGUACAGUUCUUGGAGUGUGAGGUCUUUCCACAGUCAAUUUGAAGAGUUAAUUUUAAACAUGGUCAGCUUAACGCACUGGAUUAAAAGCUUUGAAAGCCACAAUAAAUUUUAUAAUAUUUACGAUUUUAUACUUAUUAAGGCUUUCUGGUCAUUCUGGAUCACUAAAAAUUAAUAGAGGAGAAGGGUAAAUAGAACAAUGAGGUCUUAUAAGGUUCUUUAGUGCUUUUGUUUCGAACUUGUAAUACUGGCAUUUGCGUGCCACAACUAAGCCUCAGUCAGUCCUACACA